AUGAUUUGUCCGAUUGAAUCGUGCUUGAAAGAGAUAGUUUAUGAUGAUAUUAAACGUCAUUUCGAAACAAAAUGUUAUAUAAUCGAGUGCUAAUUUGGGUGUGGAGUAAAAAUUGAUUGUCUAGACAAGUCACACUACAAUACUUGUACAAUGAGAUUUUGUGUUUCUUGCGGGUUAUCUAGAAUUAGCAAUGACUACUCAUUUUUAAAACCUGAAAUCCAAAAGAUAUUGGAUGGAGUUCCACAUGACUGUGUUAAUGCUAAAAUCAUCUAGAAGCUAGAAAAUGAGAUAAAGAUAGAAAAGUAGUUAAGAGCUCAAUAUGAGCAUGUGAAACGAUAUUCUUGCAACUGUAGCUGUUAAUCUGAUCAUGAAUAUGAAAUGAUGAUGAAAAAUUUAGAUCAUCUCCCGAAUUCAAUUAUCAUAUAUGAUAAUAUGGAGUUCAAGGUGAGAUUAAAAACGAUUGCUUGUAAGCAUUGUAAUGAAGACAAGGAGAUAGAAUUUCCUCACUAUGAAAUCAGCUAUAGAUGCAUUUUACCAAGAGAUAUAAGUAUCACACACGAUCAUAAAGAACUUAAGAAAAGGAAAUAAAACUUCAUGACUUUAGAAAAAUGCAUGAUCUGUAAUAGAGAUGCUGAUAAUGUAUACUCUGGUAUUAAUCAAUGUGAUGUUGUAUGUAAAAAUUGCUGUACAAGCAAGUUUAUAUCCGCAUUUACAUUUCAAGAAAUAGCAUAAAGAAGAAUGAAUGAGAAAGGCUUUGGGGUUUUACAGGAUUUAGAAGUUCAUCCAAAAGCAGGCCACAAAUUAAAGUACUAUCCCUUCCGAUGCAUGAAUUGCGGUAUUUGCAAGUCAAGUCAAAUGCCUGAUGAUUUGAAAGAUGGAUGGAAAUGUGAAAAUUGCCCAUUCUUGGUCUGCAAAAGUUGUAUAGGAAUACAAAUAGACUGA